UUUAUGACUUCGAUUUAAAGCCCUCCCUCUUUGGAGUUCCAUGGCCUCAUUUUAUGCAUCUCAGCAUGAGAAUGGGAAAAUUGUGUCUGAUUUUUGUUCAUUUGGUGACAGGAAGUUCUUUGCUGGUGGAGUUUGUACAACGAAUGUGCAGAUUCCUGGGAAGGUAGUGGUUAUCACAGGUGCCAACACAGGCAUUGGCAAGGAGACAGCCAGAGAGCUUGCUCGAAGAGGAGCACGAGUAUACAUUGCCUGUCGAGAUGUACUGAAGGGAGAGUCUGCUGCUAGUGAAAUCCGAGCAGAUACCAAGAACUCCCAGGUGCUGGUGCGGAAACUGGACCUAUCUGACACCAAAUCCAUUCGAGCCUUUGCUGAGGGCUUCCUGGCAGAGGAAAAGAAGCUCCAUAUUUUGAUCAACAAUGCAGGAGUGAUGAUGAGUCCAUAUUCUAAGACAGCAGAUGGCUUUGAAACCCACUUGGGAGUCAACCACCUGGGCCAUUUUCUUCUUACAUACCUGCUUUUGGGGAGGCUGAAGGAGUCUGCACCUGCACGGGUGGUAAACCUAUCCUCAGUGGCCCACCUUGGUGGCAAGAUCCGUUUCCAUGACCUCCAAGGGGAGAAACGCUACUGCCGUGGUUUUGCCUAUUGCCACAGCAAGCUGGCCAAUGUGCUCUUCACUCGAGAGCUGGCCAAGCGGACCCAAGGAACGGGGGUCACUGCCUAUGUGGUACACCCAGGUAUCGUCAUGUCUGAGAUCGUCAGGCACUCCUUCCUGCUAUGUUUGUUGUGGAGGCUUUUCUCACCCUUUUUCAAGUCCACCCGGCAGGGAGCUCAGACCAGUCUGCACUGCGCACUGGCGGAGGGCCUGGAGCCCCUAAGCGGCAAGUACUUCAGUGACUGCAAGAGGACCUGGGUGUCCCCAAGGGCCCGGGAUAAGAAAACAGCUGAGCGUCUGUGGAAUGUCAGUUGUGAACUUCUAGGAAUCCAGUGGGAAUAGCCAGCCGGAAGAACAUGGCCUUUUUGGGGCCCAAUCCACGCCGUAGUGAAAGAGGACCAAAGAGAAGGUCUACCAGAAAGGAUUAUCUCCUGGCCUGCUGCUGUGACUCCUGCCUCCUCAGAACCUUCUAGAACCCUUUAUACAUACAAUGUUCUUGUGAGGCAGGGCCACAGUACAGAGUGGCAUUCACACCUACAGACCAUUCUGCUCAAAGACUUAGA